CACGAUGGGGGCCCGUGUGGCCGAGGACUGCGGCUUUCCUCGGCUGUUCUGGCUGGCUGCCUGCCUGCCUGUCUGUCGCAUGCUCUCACCAACCAGGACCGGCAAUUCUGGCUGCGGUCUAAAUUCUAUUCUGUGUGCGAUUGAAAUUCUUCACCUCCUUCUCCUUCUCGAUAUCAUCACGCUGGACGUAGAGGUGCGUGUCAGAUCAAGCCUCACCAACAAGAUAAGGGACCCACCAGCCUCCAGACUCGAUCCCCAAACCCCGCCAAAUCAUCCACUACCCCAGCUUCAGUCUGGACACUGAGCACCAAAGAGAAUCGUCACAAUGGCCAUGAACAUGCGUGCGUCUUCGCGCGCCUUCAGCGCCCUCAAGGGCGUCCGCUGCUACUCCACAGCUGAGCCCGAUCUCAAGACUGUCCUCAAGGCGGCCAUUCCCGCCAAGCGCGAGCUCUUGAAAAAGGUCAAGGCCCACGGCGACAAGAAGAUUGGCGACGUCAAGGUCGAGAAUACCCUCGGCGGCAUGCGCGGCCUCAAGGCCAUGGUCUGGGAGGGCUCUGUCCUCGACGCCAACGAGGGCAUCCGCUUCCACGGACGCACCAUCAAGGACUGCCAGCGCGAGCUGCCAAAGGGCAAGACCGGCACCGAGAUGCUCCCCGAGGCCAUGUUCUGGCUUCUCCUCACCGGCCAGGUCCCCAGCACCAACCAGGUCCGCGCUUUCAGUCGCGAGCUGGCCGAGAAGGCCAAGAUCCCUGCCUUUGUCUCCAAGAUGCUCGACGACUUCCCCGUCGACCUCCACCCCAUGACCCAGUUCGCCAUGGCCGUCUCCGCCCUCAACUACAACUCAAAGUUCGCAAAGGCCUACGAGGCCGGCCUCAACAAGGCCGACUACUGGGAACCCACCUUUGACGACUGCAUCGAGCUGCUCGCCAAGCUGCCCACCAUCGCCGCCAAGAUCUACCAGAACUCCUACCGCGGCGGAGGCGCCCUCCCCGCCGAGGUCGACCUCGAGCAAGACUGGUCCUACAACUUUGCCGCCAUGCUCGGCAAGUCCGGCAAGGAGAAUGAGAACUUCCAGGACCUGCUCCGCCUCUACCUCGCCCUGCACGGCGACCACGAGGGCGGCAACGUCUCUGCCCACGCCACCCACCUCGUCGGCAGCGCCCUCUCCGACCCCUUCCUCUCCUACUCGGCCGGCCUCCAGGGCCUCGCCGGGCCCCUCCACGGUCUCGCCGCCCAGGAGGUCCUCCGCUGGAUCCUCCAGAUGAAGGACGCCAUCCCCGCCUCCUACACCGAGGACGACGUCCACAACUACCUCUGGUCCACCCUCAACUCCGGCCGCGUCGUCCCCGGUUACGGCCACGCCGUCCUCCGCAAGCCCGACCCCCGCUUCGAGGCCCUCAUGGACUACGCGGCUGCCCGCCCCGAGAUCGCCAACGACCCCGUCUUCCAGCUCGUCGAGAAGAACUCCCGCAUCGCCCCCGAGGUCCUCAAGAAACACGGCAAGACAAAGAACCCCUACCCCAACGUCGACUCCUCCUCCGGCGUCCUCUUCCACCACUACGGUUUCCACGAGACCCUCUACUACACCGCCACCUUUGGUGUCUCGCGUGGUCUGGGGCCCCUGGCCCAGCUCAUCUGGGACCGCGCCCUGGGCUUGCCCAUUGAGAGGCCCAAGAGCAUCAACCUCGAGGGUCUCCUGAAGCAGGUCGAGGGGCAGUAAAGGACUGUAAUGUAGAUAGUAGCGUCGCUCGCGUCAAUAGACCAAAAAUGUCAUCACCCGUGUCUUUG